AUGUCUUCUCCCUCCCGCUCCAACGACUACGGCUCCGACCUCUGGAUCCGCGACUCGCAGUCUCAAACCCGCCGCCCCACAUCCGGCCGCGGCCUCUUCGCCGGCCUCCAAGACGUAAAACACUACAAUGUGGAAAACGGGUGGGCGAAGAGGAGUGUGAGGGAUGAAAAUCCGGGGAUUCUGGGGUUUUUGGGGAGGUGGUACGUCUCUUGUCCCUGUUUUUGGAUUGCGUUUCAGAGGGUGGCUAAUGUUAAUGGAAGGUGUAGGGUGUGGGGUGGGUAUACGCCGCCGAGGGAGUGA